GGGGCGUAUUUCGGCGUGUUCGUUCGAACCGGUGGUGUCGUGUCAGUAUCUCUGGGAGGUGCCACUCGCGGCACGCGCUUAUACGAGCUUAGAAGCGCGUCAACGCUCGUACGAGUUGAGCGCGCGCGUAUAAAACGCUAGUCUUAAAUCGCCCUGAGACUAGAAGUGAAUGCGAGAGGAAUACCAGCAAAAUAUCUCUAUAACCUUCUUAAACACUAUCGCUAGAACUACAACAAAUUCUAUAUUAGGAAGGGCAUCCAAAGAUGCUCUAGCGCUUGUCGGCUGUUACGAGUGUAGCUAUGUAGAAAAGCAAUCAAAGAUGUUGUGUGUAAUUUUGUUAGUGUUAUUGUCCAGUACCUUGACAAAGCAGCAUUUGUCAUAUCCCAUCAACUUCUGUAGCAUGUCGUCAACUUGCAUCCACGACGGGAGGGGUGUCUGUGCAUCCUCGCCUGACGGAUGCACUCGACGCAGCUUCCUCGACCAGUGCGACAUGUAUGAAUACAACUGCGAUUACGGCACCCAAUACAUGACGAAAGUAACAAGCCCAUGUACUAGUGGACAGCCUGACUUCUUGUGUUAAUUAUUUAGAAGGAUGUAAUUUUAAA